UCCCUUCUUGUUUUUCCAACUUUUCUUUUGCAUUUCUUUCUUUAUUGUUUUGGUUUGCUGCUUUUUCUUUACAAGUGGUCAGGGUUCUUAUUUUUCAUUGCAUAGGAUGCUUAGUUCUGGUGGUGGAAGUGGCAGCUGUUCCAAGGACAUGGCGGUGGAGUUAGGAGAUGAGCCCCAUGUUUUAGUUGUGGAUGAUAGCCUCAUUGAUAGGAAACUGGUUGAGAGACUGCUCAAGAACUCCGCUUGCAAAGUGACUACAGCAGAGAAUGCACUGAGGGCUGUGGAAUAUUUGAGACUGGGAAAUGAUACAUUGGAAGGCACUGUUUCUGAGGUCAAUAUGAUAAUAACAGAUUACUGCAUGCCUGGAAUGACCGGCUAUGAACUGCUCAAGAAAAUCAAGGAAUCAUCCAUUCUCAAGGAAGUCCCUGUUAUAAUCAUGUCUUCCGAAAACAUACCCACUCGUAUCAGUCAGUGCUUGGAGGAAGGUGCAAAGAUGUUCAUGCUGAAGCCACUGAAGCGGUCUGAUGUGAAGCAACUCAAAUGGCACUUGAUGAAAUGCAGGAACUGAAGUUAGAGGCAAGAAAACAACAACUAGGAUUCAAGAACAAGAUUUGUAAUGAGAAAAAGAAAAGAAGAAAAACUUUAUAAACCCGCAUUUUUGUUUUUCUUAGUAGGGUGUAGUGAAAAAAUGGGGGUGUCUAUAUUGUUUCCAUUCUUCAAUUUUUGUGCGUCUUGACAUUUCUGUUUUAAGCCAGAUAUUGGCAUUGAUACAAAUAUGAUGAUUCUAUAUACAAUAAUUGACUGAA